CGCACGGCGCACGCACAGACAUGUGUGUGGCGAUGCGCGGGAGAGAAAAGGCCGAAAAGGGGGAGGUGGCUCGGCUGCGAAGAUCAACAUCAACAUUUUCAUCAGAAAAUUGUAUUUUUUUUUUUUGCAACUUGCUUGAAAAGGAAGAGGAAGAAAGUUUAAAUCAGUUUAAAUUACGGAAAAUUUUAUAAUUUGACCUGGUCUUUCAAAAGUAAAAUACACGUUUUUUUAAACUCCAUCCAAUUCAAUUUGAGAAACCACUUUUCAGCCUCUUAUGUAGAAUGGAGAAAAAAAGGAAAUACGACGAAGCAAAUCAAAGACAAGGGUUGAUGGACCUGAGAGAGAUUAAAUUUGAAAAUUUUGAUCCUGCCAAACAUUUUGAGACUGAGCCUGUCAAAGAACGGGUUUACCCAUCUGAAAUUGCCGUGGAUCUUGAAAAGGAAUACUUCAAGCAUUUUGCAGAAAGUCAGGAAAGAAAUGUCUUGCGAGCCGCCCUUAGCGAAGAGAGCCGUCGAUGGCGCUUUUUCCGCAAACAAGAUGAUCUUCUGGAUUGCUUGCAGCACAACCAGCACUUGGGAGUGCUGCCUUUUGUCUUUCAUGACGCCCUCAGGGGUAUCAGGACAUUUGUUCUUGUCCACCCCCUUGAGCUUCUCUAUCGCACAAGCAAAAGGCCUUUAAACUACUUUUAUGAAAUUAUUGCUGCUGACAUGCCAUCUAAGCUUUAUUUAGAUUUGGAGUAUGACAAAAAGACUAACCCAAAUUUGGACGGGGAGCAAAUGACUCAGACGGUUAUUGACUGUUUCCUGCAGCACAUGAACACAAAAAUGUUACUAAAUCUUAAUCGCUCCAUGGUCAUUCAACUUGAUUCUUCAAAUGACUCCAAAUUUAGCAAACACAUUAUUUUCAAUACCUUCUUCAGCUUUCAAAAUAACCGGGCUGUGGGGGACUUAGUCCAAGAAGUAACACAGCAAGGGCAGCACCCAGAACUGAAGGUCUUGAAAAAAGACGGAAGCCCAAGCUGCAUAGUCGAUUUGUGCGUUUAUACCAGAAAUAGGCACUUUAGGAUUCUGGGCUCCACCAAGAUUGGUCGAAACGCACCUUUGGUUUUGAGUGAUUCUUCUAAGGCUGAGUUGGCCUUGCCCAUUUUGAAUGAAACUCUGAAGAUGGAGACUCUAUUUCUAAUGAGCCUUGUUUCUGCACGGCACUGCCCCGUCCUCCUCUACUCACCCCUAACUAAAAUUGACCCUCGUAUUCCAAGAAGAGGUAAAGCAUCUAAAAAGUCUGCUGUCACAACAACCCAAUACGAUCUUGGUUCCGGACUUCCUAAUCUCGAUGCCUUUUUUGAAAAAAUCUUGAAGCCAGUCGGCCUAAAAAAGGUACUGAGCUACCCUGGAGGGCGAAUCGUUUAUUCGUCAGGGCCGUCGGGAUUUUGCCUGAAUAAAGGAACUGCUCAUCAACGUCACAGAGUCUACUGGGUUGUGAUCAAAGAUUUGGGCGUUUUCUAUCAGAAGUGCGGAGACAAGCAAGACUGUGGUAAUUUUUGCUCAACACUCCAAACAUUGCCUGAACCUUUGUUGACUCAAACAAGAGGACCUCUCGACCCAUGGGAGAUGUCUCUCUCUGGGCCCUUGUCAAAAACAAAACUUAAACUAAUUAAUGAUAAUGAGGCUUCAAAUAUUUUGUUGUGAUAUUAAAAAUGAAUUUGCUGAUAAAAUUAUUCAAUUUAAAAAUGUCACAAAUGCAAAAUUACAUAUUUUUGGUAACAAUUGCUAUAUUUAUUUUAAAUUUAGGCACGCACUGAAAAAUAAAUUUCUCGUGAUAUUUUGUUUAAUUAAAAUGUUAGUACCAGGAUUUGCUAAAUGGCGAAUGCCAAUUUAAAAUUUUCAGCUACAUUUUAUGUCAAUUCCUACUCUUAAUUUCUUAAUAUUUUGCCUCCUGUUCUUUAGUUUUACAAGUUGUUGGCGCACGCAAAAGUAAUUAAAAUGUAUAAUUUGAAUAAUUAAUGUAUGUUUAAAAAGUUUAAAAUGUAAUAACAUAGUGAGAAGGAUAAAAU